CAGAGCCUCAAUUGACUGAGAUUUCUCCAUAAGCUCUGCGUCGUAAAAACAUGGAAGCAAAGAAGCGGGUGAAUGUUGCCGGACUGGUCUUAACACUGGAGAAGCAAGGUCGCCGGAGGUGUUCGAACUACUGCCACCGGAUCAACUUCUACCGUUGAACGUCGCCUUCUGUCGCCAACCUACUGACUUGACGUGACUACAGAAAGGAAGAGCUUGGCGCCGGAAAGAGAGAACCAUUGUGGAAGAGGCCGCCAUGGGUUUUUACGAGGCUGCCAGAGUGCCGGGACAUCUAGCCAUUCACACCGGCAAAGGAGGAGCCGUUGGACCACCGUCCUUUCGCAAAGUGAAGAAGUUCACGUACACAGUACGUACCCCUGUUUCAUGUCGGAGUGCCGUUGGAGAGUUGCGGGGAAAGGAGGACAAUGUCGCUGCAAAAGUUCGCCGUAGGGGCUGGCCUAGUACGGAGAUUACCGAAUCGCAGUGCUAUCCCAUUAUUACACACGUUCCCGGAGGAGAGGAGCCGAUGAGAGACAAGCCACACCGGGGAAGCGACUCGUCACCUUCCCCUGCCUCUGUUUCACUUGCCCGUCACUCCUGACUUCUUCCCUGCGUCGAUCGAACGAAGAAGAUGACUGGCUGAUCAACUACAAGGUGAUUUUGAUCAAGAUCGAGAUAGAAGCUUCGAUUAGGACUUAUCGCGAUUUGAGGUAAGUUUCUCUGCCAAUCUAAAAUUGUUUCCUCGUAUUAUAUGCUUAUUAUGCAUUAUGUGAAUAAGUAUGAAUUGUUGAAUUUUGUGUAUGUGAUUUUUGAAGAGAUAUUAUAUAUAUGGUAGUUGAGAAAUAUAAAUUAAGUACUUUUGGGGUAUUUAAUAUUUUUAAAUACCUUCAAGACUUUUUAGAGAAAUUGAGAAGUAUUUUUGAAGUAUUGUUUAUUGAAGAUAAAAUUUACAGUUUUAUAAGAGGUGAGCAUCACGGGAGAAAUCUGUGGUGUUGGUUUUCCACGUCCGGAUAAAUGUGGAGGGUGAUUAGGUCUGCUACUACUAAGAAGUACAGUUUGAGUUUAAAGUGAUAUUUGGAUCGAUGAUCCCUUUUAAGAAGAAGUUAUGGUAGUAGUAGUCCCUAGUCAUUCAAAAUAUCUUAUUCAGGGGUAGUUGGUAGACUGAGUCCCGACUACUCGUUACGACUUACUACUCGGGGGGCUUGGAAUCCCUUUUAGGGGGUGUGCACACUUAAGGUAGUCGUUUCGUUUUUAACAGAGCAGUUGUGGUACCGGCACUUGUUCGGGGUGGCCGUCCGUAACCACGGUCCACCGGGCUCUACCGAAAGGUGGAGCACCGCCCUUCUAAAUUACUAGGAAGUUAGAGAAGAAGUGAUUUUUGAGGAAAUCGAAGAGAAGAGUUAUUAUGAAGUUUUAUAGAGAAGUUGAGGAUUUUUGUAAAGAAGUAGUCUUGAGAAAAAUCAAAGUGAAAAGAAUUUCGAUGGUGUGAGUAUUUUUAUAUAUUAUUAUAUAAAAAUUCUAUUUUUGUCAAACAUGAUUAUUUUACGGGGUUGGGUAGUACUUACUUAGCUCUAAAGCUAAUUUUUGUUUUCUUUUCCUUGUUUUGUUUCUGCACUUUAUUUGUGCAGGUGAGGAUGAUGUUGUCGAGUGAUGAUUGCUUGCACGGCCGAGAGCGAGUUAGAAGUCGCCUUAGUUAUAUUAGUCAUAAAAUAAACAUUUACUUUUCGAACACUUUACUUUUAUUAAAUUAGUUGUUAUGUUUUUAGUUGCCUGUGCAUCCGGUUGAGAGAUGACCGGAUGUGGCGGUAACACCCAUUUCCCUAUUUUAGACUUCCGCUGUAUUUCUUUAACUCUUUGAUGAAUAAAUAAAAGUUUUAUUUCAAUUA